AUGACGGAGCUGCAGAAGCACGUGGCGUUCUUCGACCGCGACCACGACGGCAUCAUCACCUUCGACGAGACAUACCAAGGUCUGCGGGACGUCGGAGUUGGCGAAGUCACGGCCAAAGCCAGCGCCGCUCUCAUCAACGGCGCCCUCGGCCCCAAGACCAGACCUGACAAUGCCAACUCCUCGCGCAUGGAUAUCUACAUAGAGAACAUCCAAAAGGGUAAACAUGGAAGCGACACGGGCGCCUACGACGCUCAAGGAAGGUUUGUUCCCGCGAAGUUCGAUGAGAUAUUCUCCAAGCACGCCAAGACCGUACCAAAUGCCCUGACAAAAGACGAGCUCGACGAGAUGCUCAAGGACAAUCAAGAGAAGAAUGACUUCGCAGGAUGGUUGGCAGCCAAGUCAGAGUGGGAGAUGCUGUACAAGGUCGCCAAGGAUAAGGACGGGCGCCUGCCCAAGGACACCGUGAGGGCCGUGUACGAUGGAACCCUCUUUUACCAGCUGACGGCGCAGGGGAAGAAGGCCUGA